AUGGGCCUAGGGAAGGAGUUAGGGCUGUUGACUGCUGGUUGUGACUCUGGUUUUGGCAAGGCGACAGCCAAGAAACUGGACUCCAUGGGCUUCACGGUGCUGGCCACUGUGUUGGAGUUGAAUAGCCCCGGCGCCCUAGAGCUGCGUGCCUGCUGUUCUCCUCGCCUAAAGCUGCUGCAGAUGGACCUGACCAAGCCAGCGGACAUUAGCCAUGUGCUGGAGUUCACCAAGGCCCACACCACCAGCACGGGCCUAUGGGGCCUGGUCAACAAUGCGGGUUACAACGAAGUGGUGGCUGACGUGGAGCUGUCUCCAGUGGCCAUGUUCCGCACCUGUAUGGAAGUGAACUUCUUUGGUGUGCUAGAGCUGACCAAGGGCCUCCUGCCCCUGCUGCGCCACACUAGGGGUCGCAUUGUGACUGUGGGCAGCCCAGCAGGAGACAUGCCUUAUCCGUGCUUGGCAGCCUAUGGGACCUCCAAGGCGGCCGUGGUGCUGCUCAUGGACACAUUCAGCUGUGAACUCGUUCCCUGGGGGGUCAAGGUCAGCGUCAUCCAGCCUGGCUGCUUCAAGACAGGGUCUGUGACAAACGUAGACCAGUGGGAGCAGCGCAAGGAACAGCUGCUGGCCAACCUGCCCCGAGAGCUGCUGCAGGCCUACGGCAAGGACUACGUCGAGCACUUGCACAGGCAGUUCCUGCAUUCACUAAGCAUGGCACUGCCCGACCUCAGCCCAGUCGUAGAUGCCAUCACAGAUGCGCUGCUGGCAGCUCAGCCACGCCGCCGGUAUUACCCAGGCCGUGGCCUAGGGCUCAUGUACUUCAUCCACUACUACCUGCCUGAGAGCCUGAGGCGCCGCUUCCUGCAGGCCUUCUUCAUUAAUCACCAUCUGCCUAGGGCACUGCAGCCUGGCCAGCCUGGCUCUACCUCUGCCCAGAACACAGCCCAGGACCCAAACCCAAGCCCAGGCUCUUCCCCAGUGGUGGCUCGCUGA